AUGGAUUCUGGUGGAAGUCAGGAGUCUACCAGUCAACAGAAUUCUGGCAGCAGUCAUCAACAAGAGUCGAGUCAACAACUCGUCGUGGAAAACAUUGUUGGACAUCAACGCAAAGGGAAAGCACAAGCAAUAUACAAGGAUUUCUGUACAUUCAAGAACCGUCAUUCCUUCCUCAAUUGGUGGAAACAAUCAGGACAAGAAUAUAACUGGCAGGUCAAUUCUCGCCAUCCCCAUUCAAAAGGAAUGGUUGAAUACUACUAUUGCAAGAAAAGGAAGAACAACAAAUGUCCAGCACUUCUGCGUGUUAUUGUUGAGGCAGUGACCGGCGCUGUUUCUGUUGCUAAGGCUGAUGGACGUCCACACAACCAUGAUGUUGAUGAUAUGGGCAAAAUGGAGUGCUUGAUUGUGGAUAUGGAACCCUUCCCGAUGAAGACUGCGAGAGUCCUCAACAUCGCUACAGCUCAGCAAGGCAAGCAGCAGUCUGCCAAAGCGACUGUGCCAAGGACAACGGCUGUCUAAGAACAACAAAAUAGGACCAAAAAGGAUAAAGACAAUAAUUAGGAAUAUUAGGAAACAAAUAAUUCUCUCCUUUUGUUGCUGUUAUUUUAACAAAAAUUCACCCUUUAUUCUGUUUGUACAUAUGUAUGUUAAAUUAUUUGUAAAUAUUGUUA